UAGAAUGUCACAGCCGAUUCAUAGAAAAGUUCGCAUGAUUUCUACAGUCUACAUUAUCUUUCCUUGUACUGUUUUCUUAUAUAAAGAAAAUUAUCUUGUCUUCUAUGUCUUGUUUGUGUUUGUGUAGUUGUGUUUUCCCUUGGCUACUUCCUUCUUAUGAUUUUAUUUACUAUAGAAACAUUAUUGAAGGAAGCUUCUUCUCUAGCUAGUUGCUCAUGUAGGACCAGUACGUUCUUGUAAUUUUCUGUGAGGACUUCUCAGUCAAUGAAGUCAACGUUUUUACAUUGUAUACAGAGCCUCCUAUAGCUCUCACUUUAAAGCUCUGUGAUAGUUGAUAGCAUAGCAAAGCAAAAGAGAUAAGAAAACUGUUCAUACUAAUUAAUGGCUUCUUCUUUUUACCUUACCACUGUUGCAGCUGCAAUAGGCUUCUUCACCCUUUUGAGAAAACUCAGAUUCCAUCAAGAAAAUCAAGAAAAGAAGUCAUCUUCUUUACCUCCUUCAUCUCCAUCUCCGUUGUCUCUUUCAUCAGUUCCUCCAUCUUCUUUACCUCCUUCAUCAUCAUCUACAUCGUCUUUGUCUCCUUCAUCUGUUCCUUCUUCACCUUCUUUGUCUAGCACGUGGACGCACCAAGUCUUUCCCAGCUUCCGCGGGGAAGAUGUCCGUAGAGACUUUCUCAGCCACAUUCAGAUGGAGUUUCAAAGAAUGGGAAUCACUCCGUUCGUUGAUAAUGAGAUCAAAAGAGGAGAAUCCAUCGGUCCUGAGCUCAUUCGGGCUAUUAGAGGAUCUAAGAUCGCUAUUAUCUUGCUCUCUAGGAACUACGCUUCUUCAAAAUGGUGUCUUGACGAACUUGUGGAGACUAUGAAGUGCAGAGAAGAGUUAGGUCAAACUGUGAUGGCCGUUUUUCAUAAAGUAGAUCCAUCUGAUGUCAAAAAGCUGACCGGAGAUUUUGGGAAAGUCUUUAGAAAAACUUGUGCCGGUAAAUCAAAGGAGGACACUGAAAGAUGGAGACAAGCUUUGGCAGAAGUGGCCACCAUCGCUGGUUAUCAUUCAAGCAACUGGGAUAAUGAAGCCGCCAUGAUCAAGAAAAUUGCCACUGAUAUUUCUAACAUAUUGAUUAAUUCCACACCAUCAAGAGAUUUCGACGGGUUUGUUGGGAUGAGAGCUCAUUUAGAAAAGAUGAAACCGUUGUUGCGCCUAGAAUCAGAUGAAGUGAGGAUAAUUGGGAUUUGGGGUCCUCCUGGGAUUGGGAAGACCACAAUUGCCAGAGUUGUAUACAACCAAUUCUCCAACAGUUUCCAACUGAGUGUCUUUAUAGAGAAUAUCAAAGCAAACUAUACAAGACCAACCGAUUCCGAUGACUACAGCGCGAAGCUGCAAUUACAACAAAUGUUUCUGUCUCAAAUAACGAAGCAGAAGGAUAUGGAGAUUCCUCAUUUAGGAGUUGCCCAAGAUAGGUUGAAAGACAAGAAAGUUUUGGUCGUUCUUGAUGGCGUAGACAAAUCAGUACAACUUGAUGCUAUGGCGAAAGAAACUUGGUGGUUUGGUCCUGGGAGUCGUAUUAUCAUUACAACACAAGAUCACCGACUUCUCAGAGCACAUGGGAUUAACUAUUUUUACAAGGUGGAUUUUCCAGCAACUGAAGAGGCUCUUCAAAUCUUCUGCAUGUAUGCUUUUGGUCAAAAGUUUCCUAAAACUGGUUUUGAGGAGCUUGCUUGGAAAGUUACGUACCUUGCUGGUAACCUCCCUUUGGGGCUAAGAGUUAUGGGAUCCUACUUUAAGGGAAUGUCAAAGGAAGAGUGGAAAAAGUCACUACCAAGAUUAGAAACUAGCCUUGACGCUGAUAUUCAGAGCAUUUUGAAGUUCAGCUAUGACGCUUUAGAUGACGAAGAUAAAGAUUUAUUUCUUCAUAUAGCAUGUUUUUUCAACCGGGAAGAGAUUGAGAAAGUGGAAGAGCAUCUUGCAAAGAAGUUUGUGGAAGUAAGGCAAAGACUCAAUGUCUUGGCUGAGAAAUCUCUCAUAUCUUUUAGCAACUAUGGAACUAUAAAGAUGCAUAGUUUGCUAGCAAAACUAGGUGGAGAAAUCGUUCGUAAACAAUCCAUUCAUGAGCCUGGACAGCGCCAGUUUUUGUUCGAUGAAGACGAGAUAUGUGAUAUGCUGAGUGGUGAUGCAGCAGGUAGUAAAAGGGUAAUAGGCAUAAAUUUCCGCUACACAAUCGAGGAAGAAUUCGAUCUAACAGAGAGGAUUUUCAAAGGAAUGUCUAAUCUUCAGUUCUUAAGAUUCGAAGGUGGCCGUGAUAAAUUGCAACUAUCUCGCGGUCUGAACUAUCUUUCUCGCAAACUUCAAUUACUAGAUUGGAAUUAUUUUCCGAUGACAUGUUUGCCUUCUAUUGUGAACGUUGAGUUCCUUAUUGAACUAAACCUGAAGUACAGCAAGCUUGAAACGUUGUGGGAAGGAAUUAAACCGCUUCAAAAUCUCAGGCGGAUGGAUUUGAGUUUUUCUGUAAACUUGAAGGAGCUUCCUGAUCUCUCAACUGCCACUAAUCUUCGAAAAUUGAUUCUUUAUUAUUGCUCCAGUCUGAUCAGACUCCCUUCUUGUAUUGGGAAUGCCACCAAUCUCGAGGAUUUAUAUCUUAAUGGGUGCUCAAGUCUUGUGGAGCUUCCCUCUUUUGGGAAUGCCAUUAAUCUGCAAAGAUUGCUUCUUUGCAAUUGCUCAAAUCUGUUGGAACUCCCCUCUACUGGAAAUGCCAUUAAUCUGUUGAAUCUUUCUUAUUGCUCUAGACUGAUCAAACUUCGCUCUAUUGGAAACCUCAUUGAUCUUCGAUAUUUGAAUCUUCACAGUUGCUCAAAUCUGGUGGAGCUGCCCUCCUCUAUUGGGAAUGCCACUAAUCUAGAGUACAUGGAUCUCAGUAAUUGCUCAAAUCUGGUGGAACUUCCUCUUUCUAUUGGAAACCUUCAGAAGUUGCAGGAAUUGCGUUUAGACGGAUGCUCUAAGCUAGAGGAUCUUCCCAGCAACGUCAAUUUCAAAUCUUUGAACAUACUUGCGCUCAAGAAUUGCUCGAUGUUGAAAAGGUUUCCAGAGAUCUCCACAAACGUUAGAACUCUCAAUCUCUGUGGAACCGCAAUAGAAGAAGUGCCUCCCUCGAUCAGGUCAUGGCCCCGUCUUGAUGAGUUGCUGAUGUCAUACUUUGAAAACCUCAGGGAAUUCCCUCAUGCUCUUGACAUCAUCAAACAUCUGGACUUGAACGAUACAGAAAUGCAAGUGGUUCCUCCAUGGAUCAAGAGAAUUUCUCGUCUUAGGAAGCUCAGGCUCAAGGGGUGCAGGAAGGUGGUAUCACUGCCACAGAUUCCAGAAUCUUUAAAAGAGAUUGAUGCAGAAGAUUGUGAGUCGUUGGAGAGACUAGAUUGCUCCUUCCACAAUCCAAAGAUUAUUCUCGACUUUGGUAAGUGCUUUAAACUGAAUCAAGAAGCAAGAGACCUCAUCAUCCAGACACCGAGUAGGCGAGCAGUCUUACCUGGUAGAGAAGUGCCUGCGUACUUCACUCACCGAGCAACUGGGGGUUCAUUGACAAUUAAGUUGAAUGAGAGGCCACUUCCUACAUCCAUGAGAUUUAAGGCUUGCAUCUUGCUGGUUAAUAAUGGUGACUAUGAGGCUCCUGAUAGAGAUAAAAGGUUACGUAUUUCUUUCGGUGUUAGGUCUAUAACAUUGGCAGAAUAUAUUUCUCCAGGCCUAACAGAGCAUCUGUACACAUUCGAAAUCGAAGCAAUUGUAACUUCCAGCGAGCUUGUCUUUGAGUUUAACGUCGAAAACGGUAACGACUGGAAGAUAGGAGAAUGCGGGUUACGUUCGGAAGUUCUACAUGUUGUUGAUGGACACGAAUGAGAGCCUGAGCGGUACAGACUGUUGUGGAUUUGAGAAUAUAAAUAAAUGAUUUCUUGACUUUUUAAUGUCAAUUAUGUUGUUUCUUUGACAUACGAGAUCGGAUUUCUUUUCUGCCUCAACCAUUCGAACGCCCAAAAGUCCUCUCGAAGAGCUCUUUGACUUCGACAGAAGCCAAGACGAAGACAAACCUGUUAUCUAUGGUCGAGGUUGGAAAGCUUCGGAAUUGUGUUUCAAGUCAUGGGAUGAUCUUCAGAAGCUGUGGUAUGUUCGCUUGAAAGAGAAGAACAUGUUGAUCAGUUGGUGCCUUAUGCUUCAAGCCCAAAACGUGCAGAAUCGGAGUCUUGAAUGCAUUCCAAAGGAUGUUCUGACAAGAAAUAGAAUCCUUUUCUCAAAAGCACAUGGCUGUCUUAAUGCGCAGUUUAAAGCAAUUUCUGACACUGAGAUCAAUUGAAGAACCAGAAACCAAAAGAUCAGCCGAGAUGAAAAGAAAGGUUAAUGCUAUGUGACUUGUAUUUGACACCGGUACUGAAUAGGCCGAGAAGUUUUAGUAUUUGAAUAGAAUAGAGACAAAACAAGAAAGGCUUUGUUUCCCUUGCCCUUGUAAGUAAUAUUUCUUUGGUAUGGAACUUAAGCGUUUCGUUGUA